ACAGUAAAAACUCGUGUGGUGAAGAUUAGUAUUAAUCCUGAAUGGAAUGAUGAGUUAACUCUUCCUAUCAAAGACAUAAAUGAUCCUCUUGUGCUUUCUGUUUAUGAUAAAGACACUUUCACUGAAGAUGACAAGAUGGGUGAUGCGGAGAUAGAUAUCAAACCUUACACGGAGUGUUUGAGGAAAGGCUUGCAGGACCUAUCGGACAAUACGACAGUGAAAGAGUUCAACCAAAUGAGAAAAAUUGCCUAG